GCUAGGGCAUUUUCAAUCAAGUCUCGACCAUGUUCUACUGUUCAUUCUCAGUGUAGAGCCGCCAUUUUCAGCUCGCUAGAAGGUCUGGUCUAUUCCCGGAAUGGCGAGGCCUGAACAGUGGUCGACCUGAGACUGCGGUUAUUGUAUUUUCCCGAGUGAUUAAAUACGUUCAUAACUCUGAUUGCCAUACUUUGUUUGAUGACUGGAUCUUUGCCAAGAAAGACAGGAGUUGACAACUACUUCCUUCUAAUACUCUACUACCCUCCCUGUUACAACAUUUCUCUAUUCUAUCCACUGUUGUCUUGCUGUCUUUACCUUGCCUCCGUUGGGUAGGCCAUAUCAUCAAAGAUGACGCUCCAACCGGAACACUCCCGUACUGGGAGCAAACAUUCGUCCACUGACAGCUCUGGAAUACAACGUCCUCAGAUGGCUUUUGUCAAGAGACAAUCACAAUAUGAAGUACCGAAAGCUAUAUUACAAGGGCAAGGUCGGAUGGACAGUACUAGUAAAGCGACCAUGAUGACUCAAUACCUUCAUCGCCGUCUUCGAGACCAAGGCUGGCUCGAGUCGGAUCCGAGUGCUGAACUCAAGACGGUCCCCGGCAUUGUUAUGCAAGUAGACCCCGACCAAAUUGACCUUACGCAAAGGUAUAUCAAGGAACCGGCAUCUCUUGAUGACGUUGUCAUGACAUUCGCGUCCAAGAUGAACGUGGUUACCUUGGUCACACUAUCAUCCGACAUCACAAGCUACAUAUUCGCGCAAAUCAACAAAGAAGACACAGAACUCGAACUCACCCCUCACAAUAUCACCGUGCCGGUGAUCGAUUGUCUUGCGGAUCUUGCGAGAGACGACCUCGGACUUACACGGAGAGACUUCUGUGUCCUAGUUCGCCGGGAGAGGUUAGUCUUGGCCUGGAGUAGCCAAAGUGACCAGCUUCUGGUUCAUGCUGCUGAUGUGGAGAGUAAGCUUAUGGGCUCUAUAUGGGGUGCUGCCCUUCCCGAAACGCCUGGCAGGCUACCAUUCGAGUACAAGUCAUAUGGAACCACGCCGAACCAUGGUCGGCCUCGCAGUAUUAUGUCUCAUGCGGACUCGGCCAUUGACGAGAAGAAAGAUCAAAUCAUCAUCGACAACAUCGAUCUUGGUGCCGAAGACGAAGAAAAUAUGGAAGCCCCAAAGCGGCCAUACCUCCUGACCCAAUCCGUCAUGAUCGGUCUCGCCAUGGCGCUUUUGAUUGUGAUAGAGGCAUUCCCGAUUCGGUUGAUGGUUAUCUCAGCCAGAGCGCUUGGCUCAGUGGCCUACAAGAACAUAGCAUUGGCUGUUACUAUCCCGAUCUUCUCAUGGUUCACGCUCUUCUUCGCCGUCGUUGUUAUCGGCAUGGUGUUCCAACUGCUUGGCCCCGUCACCGAUAUCAAGCAAGGCAACAGCCAUUUCUAUUCCAGCCGCGCACCUGAUAAGAAACGACACCCGAAUAUUGAAUGGCCGCACAUCACCAUCCAAAUGCCCGUGUACAAGGAAGGUCUCAAAGGUGUCAUCAUUCCGACGCUACAGAGUGUUCUGGCCGCUAUCAGACACUAUGAGAAUCUUGGUGGUUCUGCAAGUGUUUUCGUCUGUGAGGACGGAAUGCAGGCGCUCAAGCCAGAAGUCUCUGAUAUGCGAAAGCAGUUCUACGCUGCCAACGGUAUUGGUUGGUGUGCUAGGCCAGCUCAUGGCAAUGACGGGUUCGUUCGUGCCGGCAAGUUCAAGAAGGCUAGUAACAUGAACUACUGUCUUGCGUUCAGCUCGCACGUGGAAGACGAAAUGUUGCGUUUGAUCAAGCAGAAGGCCGAGAUGGAGCACCGAGACCCCGAGACAUUCACCAUCCAGCAAGAGGAAGACCUGUACAACCAAGCACUGGAAAACAUGCUUGAAAAGGAUGGUGGCAAAACCUGGGCUGAUGGCAACAUCAGAAUGGGUGAAAUCAUUCUUAUCAUCGAUUGCGACACUCGUGUUCCUGUUGAUUGCCUGUCACUUGGUGCCAUGGAAAUGGAAGAAAGUCCGGAAGUUGCCAUCAUUCAGCACGCCAGUGGCAUCAUGCAAGUGAUCCAUACCGUGUUCGAAAAUGCAAUUACUUACUUCACCAACCUUGUCUACACACUCAUCAGCUUCUCAGUGGGCUCCGGUGAUUGUGCUCCUUUCGUCGGCCAUAACGCAUUCCUGCGAUGGAAAGCGGUACAAUCCGUGUCUUUCAUGGAGAACGACGAGCUAAAGUUUUGGUCUGAAAACCAUGUGUCCGAAGAUUUCGAUAUGUCGCUGCGGUUGCAGACUGCCGGUUUCAUCGUGCGUCUUGCCACAUAUGACCACGGAGAGUUUAAAGAAGGUGUCUCUCUCACUGCCUUUGACGAAUUGUUGCGAUGGGAGAAAUAUGCUUAUGGUUGCUCGGAAUUGGUCUUCAAUCCAGUCUACACAUGGAUUUGGAAGGGUCCCUUCACUGAGCUCUUCAUUCGCUUCCUCUUCUCCAACAUGAAGAUUUCCGCAAAGAUGACCAUUCUUGGUUACAUCGGUACCUAUUAUGCUAUCGCAGCUGCCCUUCCUCUGUGUCUGGUCAACUACUUCGCUUUCGGCUGGGUCGGCGGCGAGCAUCUCGACCACUCCUACCUGCCCAGUUUUGACAUCCUGUGUGGUACUCUCUUCAUUUUCAUGGUUGCCAGUCCCAUCUGCUUCGCAUGGUUCCGCCAUCGCAUCGGCCAGAAGAUGUUCCUCUGGGCCGUAUUGGAGUCAUUCAUGUGGAUGCCUUUCUUCUUGAUCUUCUUUGGUGGUCUGUCAUGGCACGUCUCAUAUUCGCUCCUGGCGCACUUGUUCAAUCUACCGAUCGAGUGGAGUUCCACGGCCAAGGAACUCGAGAGCACUGGAUUCUUUGUUGGUAUCGAUUCCGUGCUCAAGCAGUUCAAGUGGGUUUUGUUGUUCAUGUUCAUCCUGACUGGAGGCAUGAUCUAUUUGGCCGUUGGCGCUCCUCAAGGAUGGGAGAUCAACAAUUGGCCUACCGUUCUUCCACUGGCACUGCAAAUUAUUGGCCAUGUUGGCUUGCCGGUGUUUACGAUUGUGUUCUAGAGCAGUCCUUUUAAAACGCCGUCACGUUAGGACUCAAGUUGGGGGAUGUGGCUACUCUACACAGCUUUCGCAUAAUCACGUGGUUGUGCCAUAUUCACACCACAACCCACUUAAUUUUAGACGAUUAAUAGCAAUAUAAUGUUUCAUGGAACCGGA